AUAGAAUAAUAGUUUCGAAGUUCUAUUUAUAUUAGUAUAUCAUAACAAAUCUAUUGAUGCUUGGUAGUUAGUAGUUAUAUUUACCUGCAAAUUUGUAAUUGGAUUCAAUCUUUGUUAUUUCUUAUAAUUUUUAUUAAAAAUGUCAAAACAUAUAAAUAAUUAUAUAUUUGAAACUCUAUUAGGACAAGGCACUUUUGGAUCCGUUUAUUUAGUACGACGAAAAAAAGAUUCUAAACCAUUCGUAAUUAAAGAACAAAUUUUUGAUAAUGUAAAUGCAUUGCCUUUUAAGAGCAUAUUGGAAGAAGUGAAAUGUUUAUACACAUUAAGACAUCCUAAUAUAAUAGUCUAUCAUGGAGCUUGGAUAGAAGAUAAUCACUGUUAUAUUCUUAUGGAAUAUGCAACACGAUGCACUUUGAAAGAUUUAUUAAAAACACACGAGACAUCACUCAAAGAGGAAGAUGCAUUAUAUUUAUUUUCUCAAAUUGUUCUUGGAGUUCAUCAUAUUCAUUCUAAAAAGAUUCUUCAUAGAGAUUUAAAACCGGAAAAUAUCAUGUUGACUGGUAGUCGUGGUGAUAUCAUUAAAAUCGGAGAUUUUGGUGUGUCGAAGAGUUUGAAAGAAUUAAAAAAUCCAUCAAUUAUUUCUUGCGCUGGAUCAUUUUGUUAUAUGGCUCCAGAAAUGUUGAAAGGUGAAUCUUAUGAUUUUAAAUGCGAUAUAUGGAGUAUGGGUAUUAUUCUUUAUGAAAUGAUUACGAAAAAACAUCCCUUUUCCGCUACGACUUUAUCGGAAAUUAUGAAAAAGAUUUGUGAAGAAAAACCACGACCUCUUCCUAAAGGAACAUCAUCAUCUGUUAUUAGUCUCAUAUCAAAAAUGUUGAGAAAACAAUCAUUUUAUCGUCCAAAAACAAAUCAAUUAGUCUUAAGUCCGUAUCUAGUGCCUUUCAUUAUUCGAAUAUAUUUAAAUUUAGGACGUGUUUUGAAUAUUGCUAAUAAGGAUAAUGAAAAUUUUAAUCCUGAAAUAUUUUUAAAAUUUUUGAAAGCUCAAUUUAAUAGAAUUGUUCAAGGGACGGUUAUCGAACUCGGUUUCUCUAUACUAGGAUCAAAAGCGUAA